AUGGCUUCCCUGACAUUUGGAGGCUUGACACUAAUGCAGAGGAAAUUGGUUCCAGGUGAAUGUACUGAUUCUUAUGAUGGAAGCAAGCACCCAUCUGGGUCAGCAUGGAAUACAUCUGAGUGCAUGAGUUGCGAGUGUAAUCAUGGCACCAUGAGCUGCUGUUCCAGAUAUGUUGCCAUUGCUCACUUAGAAGGAUGCACAUCUUAUCUUGAUAAAGAAACAUGUACAUACAAGUCUCGUAAAAUUAACGACCCCUCAAAACCAUGUGAUGUACCUUAA